AUGCGUUGGCAAACAGUCAGGCAGUUCCUCUGGGGGGAGAUACCUUCCUCGAAGUUGGAGCGAAGGCUGCUCUUGAAAUUGGACUGGUUCAUUCUGUCCUACUGCUGUCUUAUGUAUUUCACGAACUACCUUGAUCGAGCAAAUGUAAACAAUGCAUAUGUAUCCGGGAUGAAGCAAGAGCUCAACAUGCAAGGAAAUGACUUCAAUAAAAUCAAUACCGUCUUUACUUGCGGCUACAUUGUCGGGAUGAUUCCCAAUAACUUGAUGCUCCAGGUCGUCCCACCAAGAUUGUGGUUUCCAUCGAUGCAGAUAGUGUGGGGUGUGCUCACCUUCUGUUCAAGUAGCGUCCAUAACGUUCAACAGCUGUACGCUAUCAGAUUCUUCCAAGGCGUAUCAGAAGCAUCGACCUUCGUAGGCACGCACUAUAUUCUUGGAUCAUGGUAUAAACCUGGCGAAUUGGGAAAGCGCUCGGGCAUUUUUACAAGUUCUGGUUUGGCUGGGACACUGUUCUCCGGUGUGCUUCAGGCAGCUGUUUACCAACAUCUUGGAGGCGUGGGCGGAAGAAGUGGAUGGCGGUGGUUGUUCAUAAUCGACGGUGUAAUCACGCUCCCGAUCGCAAUUUACGGCUUCCUCGUGUUCCCCGAUGUGCCAUCGACCACCAAAGCAUUUUAUCUCAACGAAGAGGAACGGGCUCUCUCCCAAGACCGUCUUGACUCGGAUGUUGUCCAUCAUAGUCUCUCUUGGGAUCUUGCGAAGAGGGUGCUGAGCCGCUGGCGUUGGUACGGGUGCAGUCUCCUCUUUGCUAUCUCAGGAGAGACUGAAAGUUUUGGCUCCAACAAUCUGAUGGGCCAAUGGCUGUCUGCCAUGGGCGGUUAUACAGUCGAACAAGUUGAUUACUAUCCGAGUGGAGUCACAGCUUUCGGGAUUGCAUCCACACUGGUCUGCGCUACCUGGACAGAUUACACACGAGCAAGAUGGCCCGUACUCGUUUACAUGUGCUUCUGCUGCACGGUUGCUGCGAUCUGUAUCCUUGUGUGGAGUAGCCCAACGGGGUUGAAAUUCUUCGCAUACUAUUUCGCAGGAGCCUCGUAUGCCGGACAAGCUACCACAUUUGCUUGGGCAAACCAGAUAUGCGCAGAUGAUUAUCAAGAACGUGCUGUUGUGCUUGCCUCCAUGAAUAUGUGGAACAACGCGGUCAAUGCUUGGUGGCCACUUCUCUUCUACCCUGCUACGGAUGCGCCCCGUUUCAAAAAGGGCAUGAUCGCAAUGAUUUGCACGUGCGCAGCGACAUUGGGAGCGACUUGGCUGGUCUGGUACCUGGAGCGGCGAGAGCAGCGUUUGGCAAAAAGAAAAGCCAUGGAGCACGUGAACCAGAUGAGAGAAGAUAGUCCGAGCCCUAUCGAAAAAGACAAGCCCUUGAAGGACGAGUAA